AUGAGGGAUAUUCUUGCCUCUACAAUCAACCCAUCGGCCAGAUUCAAUCCCUCGAAGCUCAUUUUGAACACCCAAAACAUCCUUAUGGGAAGGAGGUGCACCAACCUGAGGUCCUUCAGGCAAAUCCAUGCUCAAUUAAUCAUAUCUGGUGUCAUUCAUGACGAUUUUAUAGUGAACAAAGUUGCCGAAUUAUUUGGGAAAUCUGUUGAAUUUGUAGAUUAUGCAUGUAAUUUUUGGAAUAAACACGGUUCCUUCUCAAAUUUACUUCCAUUUAACACCAUCAUUGCUGGUUUUGCUGGAGGUAAUAGGCCAGAAGCAACAGUUUUGGUUUAUAGACAAUUAAUUCGACGCGGGGUUUUGCCGGAUAUGUAUACUUUCCCAGCAGUUUUGAAGUCUUGUAGGAAUUUUUUGGGCUUUGCAGAGGGUAAACAGAUACAUGGGGUGGGUGUAAAGAUGGGUUUUUGGUGUGAUCUCUAUGUUCAAAACUCGGUUCUUCAUUUAUAUAGUGCCUGUGGUCAAUGCAGUGAUGCAAGUAGAGUGUUUGAUGAGAUGCUUGUGAGAGAUGUGGUGUCAUGGACCAGUUUGAUAUCUGGAUAUGUGAGAGCAGGGUUGUUUUACGAUGCUAUUCGUGUGUUUUUUAAAAUGGAUGUGAAGCCAAAUAUAGCUGCUUUUAUUAGUGUGCUUGUGGCUUGUGGGCGACUUGGGCAUGUGAAUUUGGGAACGAUCAUUCAUGGGUUGAUUUUGAAGCAUGGAUUUGGAAUGGGUUUGGUGGUAAACAAUGCUCUAUUGGACAUGUAUGUCAAGUGUGCAUGUUUAUGUGAGGGAAAACAACUAUUCAACGAGCUCCCAGAAAUAGACAUCGUUUCCUGGACUUGUAUGAUAAGCGGAUUGGUGCAAUGUAAGGCUCCAGAGGAGGCUCUCGAACUGUUUAGUGCUAUGCAAAAGUCAGGUGUGGAACCAGAUAAGGUUAUACUUACCAGUGUGCUCUCAGCUUGUGCAAGCCUUGGAGCUCUUGAUUAUGGUAGAUGGGUCCAUGAGCACACAGACCGCAAGGGAAUCAAAUGGGAUAUUCACAUUGGAACUGCCAUGGUUGACAUGUAUGCAAAAUGUGGUUGUAUAGAGUUGGCAUUACAGAUAUUCAAUGGGAUGUCUUGUAGGAAUGUCUUUACAUGGAAUGCCUUGUUGGGCGGUCUAGCUAUGCAUGGACAUGGCCAUAAGGCACUUGAGCAUUUUGACCAAAUGGUUAGAAUUGGGAUAAGGCCCAAUGAGGUGACAUUUCUUUCCAUUUUAACAGCUUGUUGCCAUUCUGGUUUGGUUGACGAAGGUCGUGAGUACUUCUAUCAGAUGAUAAGUCAUGAUUAUAAUCUCUCCCCCAAGUUAGAACAUUAUGGAUGUAUGGUUGAUUUGCUAUGUAGGGCUGGUCUUCUAGAUGAAGCUCAGGAGAUCAUUAGGAGAAUGCCUAUGCCACCUGAUGUGCUCAUAUGGGGAUCUCUUCUUAGUGCUUGCAAGGCCAAUGAAAAUUUGCUCUCCCAUGAUGUACUGGAUCGCCUCCAUGAGCUUGAGUCAGAAGAUAGUGGUGUUUAUGUUCUUUUGUCAAACAUAUAUGCUACUAAUGAAAGAUGGGAUGCUGUUUCGACAAUGAGGAGGUUGAUGAAAGAAAAAGGUAUAAGAAAGACCCCUGGAUCAAGUGUUAUAGAGGUGGAUGGUAAGGCUCAUGAAUUUAUCUUUGGAGAUACAACGCAUCCUCAAAGUGAGGAUAUUCAUGCACUGCUAUACAUUUUUGCUAAUCUAGAACAUCCGGAAGUGCAUUAUUCUUGCCCAUUUUUAUUAGGUGAGUAA